GGUCUUUGCAACGUCCUGUUCAUAUGCCUAGCUUGUCAACGGAUUUAUUUAUCUGAUCUGAAGAACGCGUGUGUUUGUAAAAUGUUAAACUUGGAUAUUGGAUAUUAGGCAGAAACUAGAGCUAAUAUACAACGACACAAACAAGUGAAUGUCAUCAAGAAUAAGAAGGAACUGAAUAUCACCACAAACAGUAGAUAGAUCAACGCGAUGGCAGGGCGUUCUUCAAGAAAAAAGAUAAAAGACUCAGAGAUCCCGUCGAAGACAGCUAAGUCGAUGUUAAAAGAUACAAGACAUGUCGACAGGAUGGAGGAUGAGGAACAUGCACCGACACACAGGAGCGACGGUCAGACGUUGUAUGGCAACCCCCAACAGGCCAAUACUCUGCGUUCAAUUAACACGAAUACUAAGCAGCGAUCUGGAACACUUAAAGAGAGUCCGUCCACGACGGAAAACACGAUGUUAAAAAAUGCAAGACAGUUCGACAAGAUGGAGGAUGAGGAACAUGCAGCGAAUUACAGGAGCGACGAUAGGUUUUAUGGCAACUCCAAAAGGGCUAAUAAUAUGAGUUCAAUCAACAAAAAGACUAAGCAGCAUUCUGGAAGACUCGAAGCGAGGUAUGGCUUGAUGGAAUCAGAUUUGAUUGCUAAGGAAUUAGCUUCACUUGAAAACAAGAAGCCUGAUAAGAACAAUACUUGUGGGGAAAAGGAGGAAGUUGAUGUGAAUGCAGCCAAUUCAGAAGAAAAAUAUCCUGAGGUGGAGGAAGCCACAAAGAUAGAAAAAAAAGAUAUUUUUGUUCAUACGAUAAAUACAGAAACCCAGUUUGAAGAUCAUGUUGAUUCCACCCAUAACUGGGACCCGGAAGCCAUUGAUAUGGUAGCAACGGAGAAAGAGGACAAACAUGAUAUUGACGUAAAUGCACCAAAGAAAGACAAAACACAGAAGAUUAAUUUAGAUGCAGCACAAACACAUGACAAACCAGGAAUUGGUGUGCAUGCACAGCAGAAAGAUGAAAGGCAUGUUAUUGGCAUGGAGCGAGACAGCAUGGAGCAAGACAAGAAGGACCCGAAGAGCAUUACUUUGCAUUUAACACAGAAAAAGGACAAACAUGACAUAGAGAUGAAUGCUGCGAAGAAAGAUGACACACAUACGAUUGAUUGCGAUGGACCCAAGGACAAUGAUGAACAUGAUAUUGAUAAGCAUGGAUAUAAUCAAAAUGUUGAUUUGAUUGGCGUGGAUGCAGUCAUCACAUAUGUUAAACCGGAGGUGGAUGUGCAUUCUGACAAGACAGAGGAUAAACAUUAUAUUGAUGGGACUGAAGACAAGAAAAAUGAAACAAAGGAUAUUGGUAUUUAUGAAUACAAGCAACAGGAAAUACAGGGGAUUGAUUCAGAUGCAGUGAAGAAAGAGGAAACACAUGAGAUUAGUGUGCAUGUAGACGAGCGGGAGGAAAAAACGGAAAUAAGUGUAGAUGUCGACAAGAAAGAUGAAAAACAGAAAAUUGGUGAGGAUGAAGACUAUAAAGUACAAAAACGCGAGAUUGAUGUGACUACAGUCGUCAAGACAGAGCAUAAAAAUGAUAUCUGUGAGAUUCCAGGUGAUAAAGAUAUUGAACAUGGGAUCGGCGGGAAGGUAGACCAGAAAGAUAAAACACAUGGCAUUGAUAGUAGUGCUGACGAGAAGAAGAAAGAACAGGAGAUGGGUUUGGGCGCAGACGACGAAGAUGAAGAAAAAGUUACUGGUGUUCAUGCAAUACAUAAAGGGCAACCACAAGACAUUGAUGUGGAUGCAUGUAAUUAUGAUGAAACAGUUGAAAAUUUAGUCGAGAAAGAUGAAAUUCCGGAAAAUGGUUUAGGUGCAGGCCAAAAGGAGCAAACACAGGUGAUAAGUUUUGAAGCAGACAUGAAAAUAGAAACAAAUGACAUGGAUAUCGUUUCUGACACGAAAAAGCAAAAACAGGCUUUUAAACCACAUGUGAUAGAUGUGGAUAAAAAUAUUAAUGAGGAACAACAUAACGAUGAUGCAGACGGAAAAGAGGAAAAUAAAUGUGCAGAUACAGGCAAUCCAGAAGAAAAACAGGGGAUUGGUUUUGACAAAAACAAGAAAAACGAAGGAUAUUGCCUUGAUGUGGCUAGAGGAAAUAACGAUGACACAUAUGGGAUUGUUGUAGAUGCCGACAAAACAGAGAGAAACCUGAAUACAACCAAAGCAGAAGGUAAACAUCACAUUGAUGUAAAGGAAGAAAAUAAAGAUGAAAACCGGCAAAUUGGUGUGAUUGUAGAGAUGCAAUAUGAACAACAUCAGUUUGGGGUGGAUGCUGUCAAAAAUGAAGAAAAAUCGGAGGUUAUUUGUUAUGCAGUCGAGACAAAUGAGAUACAUGCGAUUGUUGUUGUCGAUGGAGAUAAGCAACAUGAAAAUCAGGCAAUUGAUUCAAAUACAGUAACGAAAGAGUAUAAACAUAAGAUUGAUUUAAAUACAGUAAUGACAAGUGAAGAACAGAAGAUAAUUGUGGGUGCAGACAAGAACGAUGAAAAACAUGAAUUAAGUUUCAAUACAGACAAGAAGGAGAAACAGCAGGAUAUUGAAGUGGUUGAAGCCAAAAAAGACGAAGAACUAAAAAUGUGUAUGGAUGCAGACAAAAAAGAUGCUGAACAGAUGAUUUGUGUUGGGGCAGUUAAGAGUGAUGAAACGCAGGAGAUAAUUUUGCGCGCGGAAAACAAAGACGGAACACACUUAAUUAGUGUCAAAGAAGACAAUAGAAAACAAGAACAUUACAUUGAUAUGAAUGCAAUUAAGAAAAACAAAAAACAGGCAAUUGGUGUUGCUUUAGAUAAUAAAGAGCAAAAACAGGAAAUUGGUGUUAACGAAGACAUAACAGAAGAUAAACAUGACAAUUUUGUUGAUGCAGAAAUGCAAGAUGAAACAUAUGACAUUAAUAUAAAGGCAGACGAGAGAAAUAAAAAACAGGUGAUUGGGAUUGAUGAAAAUAUUAAAGAAGACAAACAUGCCAUGCAUUUGGUUGCAGACAAAAUAGAUGAAAAUAAUGACGUGUAUUUGAUUGAAGACAAAACAGAGGAUAAACUGGAGAUUGGUGUAGAUGAAGACAAGUACGACGCAAAACAGGAGAUUCGUGUUUAUGAAGACAAUAAAGAGGAAAAAAAUAACAUUGAUCCGCAUGCAGACCAUAAUGAGGAAAAACUUGAGAUUGUUGUAGAUGCAAACAAGAAAGAGAAAAUACAUGAUACAUGUACGCAUGCAGUAAAGCUAGUGGAACAACACAAUAUUUGCGUUUAUGCAGCAACGAUAGAUGGAAAAACGAGUGUUGCUUUUGAAGUGAAUACAGACGGUCAAGAAUAUAUAAAUAAGAAUGUGGGCACGAAUGGAGAAAAAGAGAUUAUUGGUGCAAAUUCAAAGGCAAAUGAAAAAACCAAAAACCAGGCGGUUGGGGGAUACUCAGAACUGAUGGAGGAAACAACGGGGAUUAGUGUAGAUGCAUAUAAAAAAGAUGAAACACUGGAAGUGUUUGUGGAUGAAAACAAAAAGAGUGAAACAAAAUUAAUUUAUGUGAAUGCAGAUAAUAAAGAUGCAACACGGGAGAUUGGUCUUGAUGCAGACAUGAACAAAGAAAAACAAGACAUUCAUAUGGUUGCUGACAAGGAAGAUAAAAAACAUGAAAUUGAUGUGGUUGCAGACGAGAAAGAUCAUCAACAUGAAAUUGUUGUUGAUAAACACAAAACAGAACGAAAUAAUGUCAUUGAUAUGGGCGCAGACAAGAUAGAUAAAAAACAAGAAAUUGGUGCUAAUAUACACACGAAGAAUGAGCUACAGGUGAUUGGUGUUUUUGCAGAUGAAACAGAGAAUAAACAUAACAUUAAUAUAAAUGCAGACAAAAAGGUGGUAAUAAAGAAGAUUUGCGUGGAUGCAGACAAAAAAGAAGACAAUGAAGAGCUAUGUUUGGAUGUAGGAAAACAAGAAAAAAAGCAGGUUUGUAUAAAUGCAGACAUGAAAUUGGAAAAACAUGAUCUUGAAAACGAUACAGACAUGAAUGAUAAAAAACAGAAGAUAGAUUUGGGCAUUGACAAGAAAAACGAAGAACAUGAUAUUGUUGUUUAUUCAGACAAACAAGAUGAAAGACAUAAUUUGAAAGAUGAAAGACAAGAGAUUUGCGUCGAUGCAAACAAGAAAGAUGAAAAACAGAAUAUUUGUGAAUAUGCAGUCAAGAAAGAUAAAAACGAGACUUUUGGAGUCAGAGGAGGCAACGAGAUCGCAUAUAUUGAUGAAGAAAAAGUUGUUGGCAAGCUUGAAAUGGACGUGGAUGAAGCCAUGAAAGAGGACCAGCAUGGCAGUUAUGUCGAUUCGGUGAAGAAAGAAGACAUGUCAGUCGUUUCUUUGGGUGUAAAGAAUAUAUGCGGUAUGGGGGAAAUUCUUGUGGGUGCUAUCGAGAAAGAAAACAACACCUUUAUUGGAGUGAAUGCAGUCAGCAAAGGCGACAUUAAUGACGACAUUUAUUUAGGUGCAUCGAGUGCAGAGGAAAGUGAUGAAAUGUAUGUAGAUGCAGUCGAUGUAGAUGACAAAGAAGGCAGUGAUGUUGAAUUUAAUAAUGCUGAUGACAAAGGUGUUAUGAAUGGGGUAUCAACCAAUAUAGAGAAAAUGGAUGACAUUUAUGAGGUUUCAAGCAUAUCAAAAAUACAAGUUGCCACUAAUGCAGAUGCGGCCAAUAAAAUUAAUAAGCGAGAGACAGAUCGAAACAAAGACGUCAGUCUAAAAAUAAAUGAGGAAUUUGACGAUUCAUCUAACAUCACCAACCUAUUUGCAAAUACGGGCGAAGUGAUUCCACAGGAGAACAUGCCUUCCAAAACUGUACACAGGUGUACGGAUCUUACCGCUCUUAUAAAUAGCACGAGAUCUAAAAUGAAGUUCUUGAAAAAUAUCCAAAAAGAGUGUUUUGCUCUUCGGGAGGCCUAUACCAAGGUGAUGGAGAUUGUGAACGUGGAAGGGGCAACGGAUUCUUGCAUCAACACAUUAACUGAGCUCAACGUCUUGAUAUCAGAGUUCUUGGAUGACAAAGAGCUCCGUAAGAAGUUUGAUCAGGGUGUAACCAAGAUGCAAAAUUUGAGAGAGGAACUGGAUACAUACCUUGUCAAACCUAGCAAGGGUGAUAUGGAGGGCAAUUUGAAGGAACGCAAAGAUGAUGUUCGCUUUUUACGUCAAUCGGCGAGGUGCAGACGACGCUCGGUUGAGACAGUCCUCAAGAGUUCACUUUCAAAAGACAAGGGUCCACCCGCUUCUGAUUUCCAGAACAAAAAGAACCCAAUCAAACAUGCUGGGCACUUCGAUGAAGACGUACUAGCGAAAAACGACAGUUUAGAAGCCGCUGCAUUAAAUGAAGAAAAGACGUUGAUUCACAUUCCGAACAAGAAAAGCGAUCUGGACCCCGCUUGUACGGUUCUGGCAUUGACAGGACUUAAUAACCUAGGCAACAGUUGCUAUAUGAACAGCACCAUUCAGUGUCUGAACAAUACGUUGCCGUUGGUAAAUUACUUCCUAACUUACCACUAUCAGCAUUUCAACAGCAACAACCUCAAUGGACAACUUGUUGAUGCAUUUGCUAACCUGGUCAAGGAUCUGUGGUCAAGCAAAUAUAAAUGUAGGAGUCCCGGAAAUUUUAAGGAGGCAAUAGAUCGAUGUCAGUCGAAAUUUGCGGGCUCUAGACAGGAGGAUUGCCAGGAGUUUCUUACAUGUCUCAUGGAAGGACUGCAUGAGGGGCUCAAUGAGGGGAAGGACAAACCACGUAUCCAGGAGCAGAGCAAUGAGGGACACACCGAAGAAAGUUCUGCGAAGAUUCCCUGGCGGGAUCACACAUUGCAUAACGACUCCAUCCUAGUGGACCUCUUUCAAGGUCAGAUCAAGAAGACCAUUACGUGUCGGACAUGUAACGAACAGAUCGUGGAUUUCGAGACAUUCAUGUAUCUGUUUCUUCCAAUACCCAAUACAACUGAGUGUACACUCCAUGAAUGCCUGAAGCAUUUUUUUGCCGAGAGAAGGGUAACAGGAAAUUGUUUGAUGACUGUCAAAAACUGCGGGGAACAAAGUGACACUGUCAUAAAACUAGAGAUCUGGAAACUGCCUCCAAUACUUAUUAUAGCUCUGAAAAGGUUCAAAAUCGAAAGAAAUUGGUGGAGAAAGAUCGACGCGCCCGUAGAUAUUCCGACGAACAAUGUGGAUUUCUCCCGGUUUGUUAUUGAUCCACAUCCGAAGUCUUUUAAUCUGUAUGCAGUAUCGAAUCAUUCUGGGACCCUGGCUAGUGGUCAUUACACUGCUUGCUGUAGAAACCCGUUUAAUCCAAAAUGGUACACGUUUAAUGACUCUAUAGUCCAAGAGGCAUCUGAACCCAUUGGCAAGUCAUUCCAGUCAUCUGCUGCAUACGUCCUUUACUACACGUCUAUGGAUAAGCAGAGCUGGACACCCAGCUUCAUCUCAGAAGCAAAAAGUACGACGAAAAAAUGAAAUGUGCAGAUGUGUGUACUUACUAUCUAUACCUAACAACUAUCUUCGGAAAUACUAAUUAACAGCAAAGUUUUAAAAUUAUCAAAGAUAUGUUUGUCAAACGUGUGACUCUCUGAAAUUUUAAGAUUUUAAAAGCCUCGAUUACCGACGAUCAUAUUGAAGAUUUUCAAAUGUAUGUUGAAACCUGUGAAGAUAAUAUAGAUUUUUUAAAAUAUUUAUUUAGUGUGGAAUAUAUACAACGUUGAGCGAGGCUUAGACAACUUAAACAAGUUUUGGUGGUUUAAAUCACUAAGACAAAUGAUGAAAAUAGCUUAAGAUGGGAUGAUUGUAAAGAGUGUGAUACUUUGUGAGUUUCGUUUUAUGUUUUUUUUUUAAUGUUUGCAUUUAAGGUAUGGGUUUGUUUUGUUUUUUUUAUAACAUUUUAUUUCUGAAAACAUACAUUUUACAGUCAUACAAACUAUCAUAGAGGUUUGACAAUUUAAGCUCUAACAAAUGUAACUGAAAGGAAUAUAGUUUCAUAGUAGUAUGUGGUGGAGAGAAGAAAGAGAAGGAGGUAGGCGGUCUAGAUUCUAUUAAAAAUCUAUUAAGAGUAUUGUACUAAGAAGAGAUUGGCGUGUUCAUACGGCUGUAUUAUCUAAGAAUGUGCUCCAUCGUUGAUUAAACAUUUCAUGUGUGUGUUUUAUGUGUGAUAUUGUUUCCUCUAUUUUUAGCCUAUGGGUUAAGUAGCUCAUAUAUUGUUGGAAAAUAGGUGCGAUGCUUUCGCAUUUCCAUUUAAAGAUAAAGUAUUUGGCUAAAAGAAUGAUGAAAUUAAGUGCAUUAUUUUUUUGUACUUGUGUGAACUUAAGAUUACAAUGGGAAAUUAUUUCAAAGGUAAGGUGAGUGUUAUGUUCCAAAGCAUUUAUUUUGUACCAUGAGUGUUACUUGCGACCAGAAAUGUUGAACUUUAUUGCAUUCCCAAAACAUGUGUUUUGUAGAAUCGGUAUUUGCCGAACAAAAAUCGCACAUGCUCGACUCUACGAGUUUACAUUUAAACAGAUAGGAAUUAUUUGGUAUAAUGUGUGUGAUGUAUUUGUACUGGAAAGUUCUGAGUUUAGUAUCUGCAGUAAGUAAUGGGGCUUGACAAAAGAGUUGUGUCUUGUCAAUUGUAUUUGUAUUAAGUAGUUCUUUCCACUUUGCUUCACAUUAAAUUUGUGUAGGUUUAUUUGCGAUAUGAAAUCGUUUGUACACUAUUUUGCAUAUUUUAGUCUUAACUGUUAUAUUAUCAACAAAGUAUUCCGGGGUUGUAAAUGAUAUAUUGCCGAGUGAAAGAGAUUGUUUCCAUUCUACUGGGAUGCUCUUUACGAGUGAGUAAAAGUUUAAUACAUUAUGUGUGUUAAUAUCAUAUAAUUCUUGGAGUUUUUCAAAUGAAUAAAAUCUUUUAUUUUGAAAA